GUUCCAAAGAGGAGAAUGGAGGGAGGAGAACCGAACGGUGAUUGGCUGGAGCAGUGGCCCUCCGCCAAUCAGCGCACCCUCUUCUGCAACUGUCAGUCCAGGCUCUGGAUAGAGCGGGUGGGAGCGCGUGGAGGGGCUUCUUCCCCAGGGGCGCGUGUUCCUACCAGGCAUGGAGGAGGCAGCGGCGGCCACGGCUGUAAGAAAGAGCGCGGGGAGCCCUCCUGUCCCCGGGGAGAGCGGUGGCGACAAGACCCGGCCCCAAGAAAGGUUUACAUGGAUUAUAACGCCACGACGCCUCUGGAGCCAGACGUCAUCCAGGCCAUAACAGAGGCCUUGCGGGAAGCCUGGGGGAAUCCCAGUAGCCCUUACCUGCCAGGUAGAAAGGCCAAAGAGAUCAUCAACGCGGCCCGAGAGAACUUGGCCAAGAUGGUAGGCGGAAAGCCCCAGGAUCUGAUCUUCACUUCGGGGGGCACAGAGGCGAACAACCUGGUGAUCCACUCCUCGGUGAAGCUGUUCCAGGAGAGCCAGCAGGGCCGCCAGGACGGGCCGGCCGAGCAGCCACCGGGCCUGGGCCACGGGGCCAAGCCCCACAUCGUCACGUGCUCGGUGGAGCACGACUCCAUUCGCCUGCCCCUGGAGCACCUGGCGAGGGAGCACGUGGCAGAAGUCACCUUUGUGCCUGUCUCGAAGCUGAACGGUCAAGCGGAAGCGGAUGACGUCCUGGCCGCCAUCCGGCCCUCCACCUGCCUCGUGACCAUCAUGCUGGCCAAUAACGAGACGGGCGUCAUCAUGCCUGUCUCGGACAUCUGCCGGCGAAUCAAAACCCUGAACCAGAGUCGGGCGGCCUCGGGGCUGCCGGUCAUCCGUGUGCACACCGACGCGGCCCAGGCUUUGGGCAAGAGGCGGGUGGACGUGCAGGAGCUGGGGGUGGAUUACCUCACCAUCGUGGGCCACAAGUUCUACGGUCCCCGGAUUGGAGCGCUUUAUGUGCGAGGCCUGGGAGUCGUCACCCCUCUGCGCCCCAUGCUGUUUGGAGGCGGGCAGGAGUGGAGCUUCAGACCAGGGACGGAGAAUACUGCCAUGAUUGCGGGCCUUGGAAAGGCAGCCGAGCUGGUGAAUCAGAACUGGGCCGUGUAUGAGGCCCACAUGAAGAAGAUGAGAGACUACCUGGAGGAGAGGCUCGAGGCCGUGUUUGAGAAGAGAAUCCACCUGAACAGUCACUUCGCGGGCUCCGACCGGCUCUCCAACACGUGUAACUUCUCCAUCGCCGGUCCACACCUGCAAGGCCGGCUGGUGCUGGCUCGCUGUGGGACGCUCCUGGCCAGCGUGGGCGCUGCUUGUCACUCAGACCAGGGCGACCUGCCGUCGCCCAUCCUGCUGAGCUGCGGCAUCCCCCUGGAUGUGGCCCGCAAUGCCAUCCGGCUGAGCGUGGGCCGGACCACCACCCGGGAAGACGUGGAGCUGGCGGUGGAGGACUUGAGGCAGGCGGUCACCCAGCUGGAGAAGGGCUCGGCCUCCUAGAGCUCCGAGCUGCCUCCCCUCCUCCCCCCCCCCCCCUUUCAUAGGAGGAGGAAGGGCCGCGCCUGCCCUACUCAGCAAGGAAGCCUCCGAAAUAUUCCAUUUAACCCCAAGGAAGACUAGGAUCGCUGCGGCCGGCUGUGAAGCUGCGGGGUCUGUGGCUGCCUGGGGGGAGGAGGGGGCGGGAUGGAUGCGCCUGAAGAGGGCGUUCCCCCUUCAGAGAGCCGAGCCACCCCCCCUCCCCCCAGCGAGGCCGCAGCCAGAGAAGCUUUUGUAGCCUCCUGUUGGGCGAUGGAUUCGAGGAUGCCCGGGGAGGAGAUUUGCCCCGGUCAGCUCUGGUUCGCCCAAAGGGAGCCGCCUUAGUUCUGUGCCUUCGGGGCCAGGAAGGCCAUUUUUCAUAGGAAGCCUUCGGGCUCAGGAAUCAGAGUUGAAGCCUUUGGCCUCAACGAGGAAAAGCAGCGUCUGCAGAAGCGCCAAAGAACGCCCUUCCCCCUUCCAUUUGUUCUCUUCCGGGGAUCCUUGUGGACCCCACCCGGGUGUGAGCAAAGCUUGGUGCUGGGGACCCAGAGGAAGGGCCGCUGGGCUCUGGAGGCAUCUUCAUCCGCCUCCUCCAGGCUCCAUGGCCUGGUGCCUGCCCAGCACCAACCGUCUGCCAGACCUGCCCCAAGUCCCGUCCCCAUUUGUUACCGCUGGAGGGGCUCUUCGGCGGCCUCCAUCCCAUCCGAUAUAGGAAAACCCUGCCCUGGAUCCUCCUGCCCGCAUCACGCAGCUCCUCACAACCGGUGGGGGUGGGGGUGGGGGCCUCCCUGACCCCAGUAUCCGUAGGAGGAUGUGGAGGGAGGGGCCCCAGGCGAUGAGCCCAAGGAUUCCCGGGAAGGGGAGCUUUGGGCCCCGCUGGGCUCUGAGCCAGUGUCCCCAGUCUCUAGGCAGUUCUUGAUCCAAGUGAACUCUAGGAAGGUUCUUCUUGAGCCCAGAAAAAGAAAACCAGCCAUUUGGCGGGCACUCCGGGAGUGCCAGCUUCCCCUCAUUUGCCACUUGUCCUGGGUAAGCCCUGUUACUGCCACAUGGCUCACGGAAUCACUCCCCAGCACACUAAUGGCAGCCAAGGGCCAUGAAGAUUGCCCGAGGAAGUUGCCAGACUCUCCUCGCUGUUUCCAGGGGCCUCAUGGCCGGGCCUGGCAUCCUUGCCCAUGCUUGAAUGCCUUUGGCCUGGUCUCUUCCAUAGGAUCUUCCUUCAGAUGGCACACCGUAGGAAGGGCCGAUCUAAAGGUCUGGGGAUGCCCGUUUGACUUGUUCUGGGUGAGGAACCGUCUCUAACAGAUCUUGUGCCAUCUUGGCCCAGUACUGCUGGAAAUGUUGCUUGGCGAUGUCUCUAUUAAUAAACUUAUUUUUAUGCUGA